ACCGUGCAUGGUAAAUAGUUCAUCGUGCAUGCAAGUGUACAUAGCAGUGCCAGGCGCGCAUGAAAAAUUAUCGCUAGUAGCUGGACAACUGGAGGGAGAGAAAAAAACAUUACAGUCGAUCCAGGACUGUGAGAUUACAAUCAGACGAGCAGGAAGUAUAUACGGACCCUUUUUCCUGCCAAGAAGUAAAUUGCGCUUCCAUUUUGCCAGAGCAGGGAGAUUCACCUGACAAAAACUGUUCCAAACCACACACUCGUAACAGCUCCCUCAAACAGCAAUUCUAUAGCAGUAAUCGCAUAACUAUUUCAUAACACACCUGCAUAUCACAUCAUGGUCGACACGAGUGAAGUGUCCCCUGGAACACAGACCUACGACCCACCGUUGCAGCCCAUCCCCAAGAAGUCGGCGUUGAUCAAGACCAGCAAGCCCAGACCGCACGUGUGUCCCAUUUGCACGCGCGCCUUUGCACGGUUGGAGCACCUCAAACGUCACGAACGGUCCCACACCAACGAAAAGCCGUUCCAGUGUGCUGCGUGUGGGCGCUGUUUCGCGCGACGCGACUUGGUCUUGCGGCACCAGCAAAAGUUGCACUCGUCCUUGGGAGUGCACACAGUGGAUAGCGACGAGGAGCAGGAUGCGGUGCCGAUGGAACGCAACGACUCGGAGGAAAAAAAGAAGCCUAACAAGGACGAACACAUCAACAUUUUGCUCAACAACACAGACCCCAACCAUCCCUUGCCCCAGGAUAUGCGUGGGUAUGUAGCUCCCGCCAGCGAUCCCCCCUUUGCGUCUUCAUUCCCCAACUCUCCGACCGCUGGUACCCCGUACUUUGCCCCACAGCAGUUCACUCCGCCGUCCACAACCUUUGCUCCGCAGUUCUGUCAGCCGCAGUACUUCACCACCCCCAGUAACACCGGAACUCCGCUUUCAUCCGUGCAGUCGCAGUCCUAUUCCUCGGUGAACCUCGUGGGGUUGGAUUCACCAGUGCACUCCCUUCCUGUGGGGUCACCCAUGGACCGUCCUUUGUUCAAGAGUCAGUAUCUGCGAAACCCAAGCAUGACUAGUCUGGUGCUGGAGGCGACGACACGGCCGGGGUCUUUCGCAGCUCAUGCACCAAUCCCCACGGAAGGGCACCCCCCUGCGCCUGGUGCCAACACGCGUGAUGUGCUUCCACUGCGUACCAAUGCAUUUGACGAACCGCCCCUCAAAAAGCUUGGUCCCUCUGAGCUCUACCGGAGCCGCCAUAACUCCUUUUCCGCCUCUUCGGCCUUCUCCUACACGUCCCGCAAGGAGGCCCGUACGAUGAGACAGGAGCAACAGAGCCACUCGAUUCCUGAAGCACCACACCAGAUCGGCUACGCUUCUCCCCAGCUCACCCCAGCGGCCAACGGCCACGACUUUGACUGCGGCGAACACGGCUUUAGUCUUGAAAAAGAGCAGGGCGCAAACAUGAGCUUGGAUAUCGACAUUCCGGUGCUCCAGCAGUUCUUAGGCUCCGGCGGCGGUGCUGGCUACGACGAAGGCAGCGAGUCGCUUGAAGCGGACCUUAAUCACGACUGGCUCGACGAAUUCAUCAACGCCCCCUUGGACAAUGACCUUCCAGAUCCGUCCCACCACAUUGGAUUCACAGAUCUUUCCUCGCUGUCAUCGACCCCGCACACCCACACUCCGAGCGAGCCCUCCUCGACGUCCACUACCAACUCCGAUGAUAUUCCGUUAAUGUUCCGUAACCGUCAGAUGGAUUUGUUUAAGGAGGUUAAGGAGGAGGUUCCAUCACUCGGACCGAACGAGCUGCGUGCGCAACCGGCAUCUGCGGGUCCCGCAACUGGUAGAGGUCUAUUAACGAGCCACACACAACUCUUCACUCCGGAGCUCCGCGACUCGAUCCUCGCGUCAAACAACCUUCGCGACGAUCAGUUUCCGCCGCUCUCGGACCUCAACCAGUACCUUUACCUCUACGAAAAAGAGUUUGACAAGUACUUUCCGUUCGUACACAUUCCUGCAUUAGUGCGCCCGAAGUGGUUUUUCCCGGACGCGAGUGACGACCCAUUCGAGCACUAUCCGUUACUUCUCUGCAUGGCGGCGGUCGGCGCGUUUUAUUCGUUCCACGCGCGCAAUUCGCUUCUCCUAUACAAUAUCCUGCGUUUCCAGUUGCACGCAUUCAUGGAGAAGCGCAAGAGCUUCAACCACCAGACGAUUCCGCUCUGGAUCACACAAAGCGCGAUCUUGCACGCGUUUUUGGGAAACUUCAACAACAACAGCCACGAGGUGGCGUAUGACACCACGCGCCAGAUCCACAGCUUGAUAGGGCUUAUCAAGGCGACCGCGUUAACGGAGCCGUGGGAAAAGUUUGCAAUGCCGCCGCCGGUGUUGGACUCGCAGCGCAAUGACUCGGCUGAGACGCUAUUCGCAAGCUACGCAUACUUUGUGGUGGCGCAGUCACGCGUGCGCACGGUUCAUGUCGCGCUUAUGCUAUCGAUCUUCCUCCUGACACUCUUGGAGGCGCCGGUGCCGCUCGAGGCGCGCGACAUCCGAUGCGGUUCGCCGUGCCGAGUGGAAGCGUUGUGGAAGGCGCAGGAUCCCGCCGCGUGGGGGGUACAGCUCCAAAUACACCACUAUGUGCUCGAUUCGAAGUACUCGCUCAUCCAGCUCUCUAACGGCGAGCCGUUUGACCACGUAAUGGAGCAGUUCGAGAACUACCACCACUGCGACCAGCAGUUGUCGUUCAAGACACUCCUCUCGAUGCUCAUGUGUGUGAGUGAAACCAUCAUCAACGAGCGUGACAAGCUGAAGCGUGACGAGUCGAACUCGAUCAUCAAGGCUGCAAAGUGGCGUUUGAACCAGCGUCCGCAGAUUGAGACUCUCUUGCGUGCGUGGGAGAUGGUGUACGUGCGCAACGGCGGCUUGCUCAUGGUGAACGACUCGAAUAUCCACAUGCUCACGCAGGUGCCGGUGGUGAAGCUCAUCCUUCCGGUGCUCUCGCUCGCCAAGAUCAAGCUCAGUAUCGACCUCACGCCGGUGAUGCAGAAGGCGUUUGUCAAGGACUGGGAUGGCAUGAGUGCGGAUUUGAAGCGUUUGGAUAACGACAGUGAGGCGUUGCGCGAGAGCAACGGCUACUCGUUAGACAUCAUCCAGGUGUGGAUCGACAAUAUUUCGAUCGUCAACAACGCAGAGAGAUCGGCAGUGCGUACACCGAUCUUUUUCCUCACCUGCAUCUUUGCCGCGGUGCUCAUCACCGCUGAGUACGUGUACUCGGUCGAGCAGUGGGCCCACGCGUACCUUCGUGCACAAAGCAGUUUGUCGUUGAAUCCGGUUGACCGCGCGGCGUGGCUCCGCGCGGAAAAGGUGUUGCGUGGUGUCGAAGAGAUGAUUUCGCGAAACUCGCGCGUAUCGUACUCCGAAUACUUGCGCCGCGAAGCCAAGGGCGCGUUAGACAUGGGCAAGUUGGAUGACGAUUUAAUGGCGUUGGCGUUGGAUCCGGAUACGGAUUUAACCCGGCUUGCCUCCACGAUUGCCUCGUCGCGCUUGUCCACGCGCGCCUUGUCGCUUGGCGUGCGCAUCUUGGGUGACGCACCGGUCUGGCCUGCGGCGAUGUUGUUUGCCGAGGGAUUGAAGGCACGCGCGAUCUGCAUUACAAGGGAAAAAGAUGCAAGCUGUACCAGCAGUUAGCGACGUUUUAAUUUCACUCUGCCGAUUAUGCGUUGUAUGUCUAAUCGAUUUAUGUUUUUGCUUACAUCUAUUGCUCCUUGUGUGGCUAUUUGCUCCCACCAUUUCAUCAUAUAUUUUGGGUUACGACUGUAUGAGGCGUGCCUGUUUUCCU